AUGCCACGCGCCACUACUCUGGAGUGCCCUGGUUGCCCUCCCCUCCGUGCUUUAACCUUCGACACACUCGGUCUUAUCAAAGUUCUCGAAUCCCGUGAAAAUCAAGGAGGUCUCAAGGUCGUAGAGCGAUGGGGUGAACCUGAUGCUUCCAAGUCUGUUAACGCUGUUUCAAUUAUUGACCGCAGUUCCAACCCGUUAUUAGCUGUAGCGAGGAAAAAUGGCCAGAUUGAGGUUUUGAGUCCUGUCACUGGAGUUUCUCAAGCUACAAUUUCAAAGGCCGGUGAUUUAGAUCUUCAAUCUGAAGAGAAUAAUCUUAUUGGUUUGCAUCUAUUUGGAAAACAAAAUACUGAGAUCGAUUCCAGGGCUUAUAAUUUACUUACAUGCACGAGCAAAGGGAAUGCAAGCAUAAGGUCUAUUGAAGUUCCUGAUUCAGAGACAGAAUCUUCCAGCACUAAUUCUUCCAAAACUUGGAAUGUAUGCAACAGUGGUAAUGUUUUGUGUUGCAAGGUGGACGGAAAUGAGAAGUUUGCGUUAUUUGGAGGGAAGGGAGUUGAAGUCAAUAUUUGGGAUCUUGAUAACUACACAAAGAUCUGGAAUGCGAAAUCUCCUCCUAAAAACAGCCUUGGUAUAUUUACACCUACCUGGUUCACAUCUGUUUCAUAUCUAAGUAAAGAUGACCAUCGGAAAUUUGUUGCUGGCACCAAUAACCAUCAGGUUCGCCUAUAUGACAUAUCUGCUCAGAGGAGGCCUGUUCUCUCUAUUGAUUUUCGCGAGACACCAAUUAAAGCACUGGCUGAGGAUAUAGAUGGUAACACAAUCUAUUUAGGGAAUGGGUUUGGUGACAUGGCUUCUGUUGAUAUACGUACAGGGAAAAUGCUAGGAUGUUUUACCGGAAAAUGCUCUGGAAGCAUCAAAUCCAUUGUCAGGCACCCGGAGCUACCCGUGGUAGCUUCAUGUGGACUGGACGGCUAUUUACGACUUUGGGAUACAAAGACAAGGCAGCUUCUUUCUUCGGUUUUCCUUAAGCAGCAUAUACUGCAUGUUGUUUUUGACUCAAAUUUCAUUGUUGAAGAUAUUCCUAAAGAAGCGGAUUCGCUACCAAGCAAAGAACAACCUGUGAAAGAGAUCACAGAUGACGAGGAAAUUGGAGCAACACCUUUGAAAAGAAAAAAAUCUUCUAGAAAUAAAGAAAGUGUGAUAGCUGGUAGUGAAAAAAAGAAAAGAGCUAAGGAUAGUGAAGAACACAAAAAAUCCAAAGGAAGCAAGUCGGCAUCCAAGAAAACAAAUAAGCGUUCAAAAAACGAAAUUCAAGAUGACGGGUUGUGA